AUGGACGCAAGGGGGCCGAGCGAUAAGGAUAUGAACAAAUACCAAGAUGAACUGCUAUUCCAACGCGGACAGCUUGAAGCUUUGUUGGAAAGAGCUACUAGGCAAAAAUCUAUGUGUGAUCAAUUGAAACAGGAAAACAUAUCCCUUCGAGGGUACGUGGAGAAUAUACUUGCUUCUGAGAAUAAUAUGGGGAGUAGAUAA